AUGGAGCUGGGAAGACCUGCUCAGCAGAAUGUGGACCAGGUGGCAAUGAGAGACAUUUUCAAGGCUACCAUCUCAAAAUUGCAGCAGUUAUUGAGACAUCUUGGCUCCCCAAAGACUCCAACAGAGCAGAAAUGUUUUUUGAGCCAGUUGACUUGCCUGGUGCUUGUAAAUGCAAUUUACUUUAAAGGCCUGUGGGAUAUUCCAUUCAAGAAAGAUGACAUGUCCCCCAUGCCUUUCCAUGUUUCUGCAACUCAGAAGAAAACUGUAGAUAUGAUGAAACUAAAGAAACACUUAAUGUAUACAGAGGCAAAACAACUUGAAGCUCAAGUUCUGAAGCUCGAUUACAAGGGGAGCCAGUUGAGCAUGGUGAUACUCUUGCCAAAGAAGAAUAAUGGUCUUAAGAAAUUAGAAGCAAAGCUUGCAUCUUUGAAUUUAGCUGAUAUUCUCUACAAAAUGUCUCUUGUUAAAGUGGAGGCCUACUUACCCAAAUUCAAACUGGAACACGAAAUAGAUCUGAGAGAUACUUUGGAGAAACUUGGUAUGAAGACUAUGUUUGAUCCAUGUGAAGCAGAUCUCACUGGUAUAAGUGACUCACAACCCGGCCUUGUUGUUAGCCACAUCUUGCACAAAGCUUUCAUAGAAGUAAAUGAGAAAGGCACUGAAGCUGCAGCAGCAACUGGUAUGUAG